AUGCUGUUUAAAUUGUGUGUUUUUCUGACAGACGUGUGGAGGGAACGUGAUGAAUCCACCAACCACCGUCAGAAACAUGAUGUGGAACUGGAGAAGGAGGAAAAGAGGAAGGAGGUGGAGAAAGAGAUUCGACUUCAGGUGGAUGAGCUCAUGAGAGAAGAGUUGAGGAAUUUGCGAAUGGCAGUUGAGCGGGAUUUCAGUGACCCUCCUAAAGCAAAGGUCAAACCCAAAAAGGCCAAAGGUAAAGAGAAAGGAUCGAAGAAGAAGGAGAAAGACUUUACAGCCAACAGGAGUUUGAACUCUCUGUGCGAUGAGUUGAUUGAACAGGGAUUGUUGAAGGCAGCCCCUCAGGUUCCCCUGGCCAGUUAUUUAGGAGAUUUCAGUUACUUAGGGAGCACCCUGCUCGGUGCUAACAUCAACCCAAUGCCAUCACUGUAUGAUAUCCGCCAGAUCGUCACCAUGUACGCCAUCCUGCCCUUAGGCUCCCAGCCGCUCCAUGAGAAAGCGCCCCUGGUGAAGUCCAUCCUUCUGGCUGGUCCCCAUGGAGUGGGCAAGAAGAUGUUGGUGCACAGUAUCUGCACGGAGUCCUGUGCCACGCUGUUUGAUUUAACAGCGAAGAACAUCGCUGGAAAAUACCCAGGAAAAGCAGGUCUGCAAAUGAUGCUUCACAUGGUCUUAAAGGUAGCGAAGCUGCUCCAGCCCUCCAUUGUCUGGAUCGAUGAGGCUGAGAAAACCUUCCUGAAGAAAGUUCCGAAAGAGGAAAAAGUGUUGGAACCAAAGCGUUUGAAGAAGAAUUUGCCAAAGUUGCUGAAACAGAUAAAAGCCGAGGACCGCGUCUUGUUGGUGGGAACAUCGAGCCGGCCGUUUGACGCUGAGCUGAAACCUCUCUUUAAGGUUUAUGAUCGAAUCAUCCUGAUCCCCCGAGCAGACUAUGCCUCCCGUUAUCUGAUCUGGAAACAUUUAAUUGAGGAACACGGUGGAGUUAUCAGCAGUGCCCUGGACCUGACCUCGUUGGCGAAGAUCUCUGACGGGUACACCCCCGGGCAUCUCGUCGAGGUGGUGAACUCUGUCCUCACUGAGCACCGGAUCGAACAACAGACCAAGGUGCCCCUGACUGCCAACAACUUCAUCCGGGCUCUGAGUAAAAUCGAACCUGUCUACCAACAGGAAGAGACUGCUUUCAUGAAUUGGGCCUCCAAGACACCGCUGGCCAGGAAGGCUCUGAAGGCCAAGAGAGAGAAGGAGGCACUCGAAGCCGCCGCUCAGGAAGCAGCCAAUAAGAAGAAGCGAUGAUGGGCCCAGGCCUUCGAGACAUUGCU